UUCUACCAGUAUAUUUAAGCCGUUGUCUUCAAACACAUCAAUACUCUGGUGUUCCCAAUGAAGCCUGUACUAAACGGCCUUCUCGUCCAGUACAGACCUCUUCAUUUGCACAGGGUUUCCUGAACAGCGUGGCCAAUAACAUUUUACUGCACAUGCUCGUCUACUCUCUGAAGGACUGGUGGUGGACCGCAACGGUGCUGGUCAUUGCAAUAUCUUACUUCCUGGGGUGCUUCUACUACAACGUUUCUAAAUACCCGAGGGGAUCGUUACCAUGGCCGGUGGUUGGAAACCUGCUAACUCUUCGAAAAGUGAACAACUUGGCUAUUAAGGCUGGCGAGUGGUCGAAGGUCUAUGGCGAAGUGUUCACCCUGUGGAUGGCCCAUAAGCCUACGGUUGUUCUAAAUACAUACAAAGCGAUUCGCGAGACACUUCUAGAGCGCAGGCACGAGUUCGCCGGACGCAUUCCAACCAACCUGGGAAGUACGCUCUCAGCAAGCCUUUCGAGAAGUUGUGCAUAGAUAUCGUCGACGCGUACGUGGAAUCUUUGCAAAUGGGGUCGCAAAUCGUCGACGCGAGAAAUGCGUUGGUCCACAUCCUCUAUACCACCGUCGGUGUCUCCGUCUACGGGGUAAGGUUGUAUGAAAUCAUAUGCUUUCCAUUCCCGUCUUCCCGUCUUCCCAUUCAUUUGUUACCCAUAACUUACGCGCUCAUAAACCAACUAGCCUACCAGCACAG